GGCUGCAUUUGGCCAACGACUCGAACAGGGCAGGACGAGCCCAUUGGGAUAGCUGAACUUCAAAACGCGCCAAUAGUUUGGUUUAACCGCAGCUAUUUUUUUUUUUUUAACUCAAAGUUGGAACAAUUUUGGUUGCAAGUGUUUUUAUUUUGGCGUAAGAUGUUCGGGAAGAGGAACAUGUUUUCAAUAUGUGGCAUCAGCAAUAAUCAGCGAAUUAAUUAUGUUUUGGACGGCAGUCGCCUCGUCCACGCUGUCGACCACCCCGGAGAGCUCGGCGGGAUUGGCCAGUGCAGCGCCCAGCUAUCAGCAGCAGCACACAAAGCCAGUUGCUUUGCGAUCCCUGCCCAGCAGCUGGCAGCUCAGCAAUGCUGCAUUUAAAUCACGCCAGCACCACCAUCAGCAACAGAAAGCCCACCUACAGGAGAUAUCUCAGCCACUGUCGCCCCACAAACCGAUCCAAACGGGACACAAGGCGCUGGAGGUCGAGCAGGAAACAGAAAAUCAUCAGACAGCUGCUCCCAGUCGUAAGAAGAAAAUCAGUCCAAAAAGUGAAAGUAAAAUAUUCAAAGCUUUCACCUUGUGCAAGUGCACAAAAAAGGAUAAAAAAUAGUUUCAACAAAUACGAGUACAGCUCAUGUGCGCCAGCCAGUACAAUUCAAUAACAAUAAUCGAAACUGAACAAGCUACAUAUUUUUUAUGCAUUUAAAAGGUGAAAUUUAAAUGGACCGAUUAAUACAAGCAAACAAUCAAGUUCCUGUGCAUUUUAAACAAAACCAAAAAAAAAUAAUCAAAAUGAAUUAACACUAGUAUUUGUAUUUAAUGAGUGAGUUUUGUGAAGCCAAAACAAUUGAAAGGUAAGCAUUGGUAAACGAGUGCUAUUUAAUAAAGUGCCAUUAAUAUAAUUGCAAAGUCAAUAAACAGAAAAAUGUGAAAAAAUUAAUAAUAAAAAAAAAUAAUAAAAAAUCACUUAAGUAGACCAUGAAGUUCUUCAAGUUCAUCGUAUUUUUAACACAAUCUGUCCAAAAGCAAACUUCUGUUUAUUUUCUUUGAUAUUUUCAUAUCAAGGACUCAUUAUCAUAUUUCAACGGAUGCAGACCUUCGCCCCGACUGCUUUGGGCAAACACAUGCACAUUCGUGGCAGAGAGACUGGUAGCAUUCCAUU